CUCAAUUGCACCUGCAAAUUUGCAGUCAAAGUGACUUUCCAGCUCAACAUGAAUAAAACCGCUGAAUCUUCCACCUCAACACUCAGUCUUGCAGAAGGCGAUAUAGUCGACUACGACUUUUUCCUCAAAGAGGAAAAAUCAAUCAAACUUCCACCGCGCAACACUGAGUACUACUAUCAGGAAUACCCCUAUGUUAAACCAACGCAGUCAGCAUUUGAUCGAAAAGAGGUUAAAGGAAGCAAACUAUUCGACAAAACCAAGCAGAUCAAAACCGAAGAAACUCUUCCAGAAGACGAAGUGGCGCGCGAUGCUUCAAUCCUGGUUUCUGGAUUCGGAAUGCGCAAUGUUGACUCCUUUCAGAAGCUGAUUCAAAUGUCGCAUGAAGAGAGGCAGAAAUGGGAGCUGAAAAAGCUGUGGCGAGACUCAACUGGGCUACAAGAAAAACAGCUGCUGAAGUUCAAAUCGCCCCCUGAGCAACCAUCUUCAACAGAGUCUUCCACUAGCACGGAAACGCGCUCGAAAAAGUCCAGCAGCGACUUACUAACGCAGACCGAGACGACGUUUACUGGAGAAGAUAAAAUGCGCCACUUGGACUAUCUUCUAGGCCUGGACACUGCAGCUGAAGAAGAGCCCGAGCCGGCUGUGGAAAGCAAACCAACAGAAUGCGAAGAUGAUUUUAAAUACUCUUCUUCCAAGUCAGUGAGAGACGCGCAACGCUAUCUUCGAACGCACAGGAUCUUUGAAUGCUUCCAGUUCAUUGUGGCCCAUUUGUUGAGCGCCAAUGCGGAAAAUCCCAUUGAGUUUAUUAUCAAUCUGCUUAACCGUUGCCUUUUGUACAGAUCAGGCCUAGGGGCUCCGCCUGUUUUAUACGAGCAAAAGCACAUUGGCAAGCUUUUUGAUUUAAUGGAUCGACUUCAAACUGGGUUUAUUGAUCAGAAUCAGUACGUUGCGGGUAUGAAAACUUUCGGAGUUUGCAGUUUUAAUAAAAAUCCCCCGGUGAAUGCCGAAGACCUAGUGAGCAAAGAGACGUUUGUGGACGAAGCAUACGAAGCAGAACUGGCAAUUUUUGAUGAUUUGAUCAAAAGACGCCCAGAAAAGACAAAAUUUAAGGAAAGGAAGUCGCAAUCAGUUUUGAACAGGGUCUCUAAUCCAAGCCUAAAUCCCCCGUACUUUAUACCAUCGGAUUUGUUCAAAUUCAGCAAACACAGCCUGGAUAAUGCUGUAGUUGUAAAUGAUAUUGAUGGAUAAAUUUUAUUUUUUACGCAAA